UGUACCACGAAAGCGACCAUCAGACGCGAGUGCGCAACCACCAUGGUCUGGGUACCGCCCGAUUUGUCCGAAGCCUGUUCCGUCUACACCACGAUAACCACCUGUCAGACUCAGACGUUUCUGUUCUUGCAACUCGUGGCCCAUCUCUUUGGUUAUUCGGUGGACGACAAGUUUUCUCAGAAGUUUGCGUUCUCGGGGGGCGGCGGCGGCGGGGGUGACGACUUUUUCCACCCCUCGAGCUUUUUCACAGAUAAGGAUGCCGGUCAGGAAUACGACUUUAUUGUGAUCGGUGCAGGAAGUGCAGGAUGCGUGGUGGCUAACAGGCUGAGCGAGGAGAAACACUGGAAGGUUCUUCUCCUAGAAGCAGGCGAAGAGGAACCCGAAGUAGCUGACGUACCAGCGUUCGCUCCCACCCUCCAACAGUCCAGCAUCGACUGGGGCUAUAUGACUCAACCUUCUCCUCACAGCUGCCUGGCUCGAGCUAACGGCCAAUGUUCCUGGGCCAGGGGCAAAGUUAUGGGCGGAUCUUCGACGAUAAACUAUCUUAUCUACAUCCGAGGACACCCGAAAGACUACGACGAAUGGGAGGAGUUAGGCAACCACGGCUGGUCAUACCAAGACGUUCUCCCGUACUUUAUCAAAGCAGAGAAAAACAAAAACCCCGAGAAGAUAGAAAAGUACUAUCACGGUUUCGACGGGUACCAAGUAGUCGAGUAUUUCCCUUACCAGGACAAAGUUACCUUGUCGCUCGUUGAGGCGUAUCAAGAACUCGGACUAGAAUACGUCGACCAAAACGCCGACAGGACCCUCGGUACGAUGCUUCUCCAGCACACAACCAAAAACGGCGAGAGGAUGAGCACCAACAAGGCCUAUAUAAGACCGAUUAGGAAAGAGAGGGAGAAUCUCACGGUUCAAACUAGAGCUCACGUGGUUCGUAUCUUGAUAGAUCCGAAAACCAAGACCGCAUACGGCGUGGAAUAUUCUUCGAAGAACAAAUUAUACCGCGCGUUGGCAAGAAAGGAAGUAAUCUUGUCGGCGGGCUCGUUAAACUCGCCUAUUAUAUUAAUGUUGAGCGGUGUGGGACCUGGCGAUCAUCUGAAGCAGCACGGAAUCGAAGUUAUCAAAGAUCUUGCGGUUGGAUAUAACCUUCACGAUCAUACGACCAUAGAUGGAGUGGUCAUAGCGUUGAACAAUCACAGCUCGACGUCCGCCACAUUCGAGCAGCAGAAACAAGAUAUAUUUUACUUCAAAGAGCACCAAAGGGGCCCAUUGGCGUCUACCGGACCCUUGCAAGCGAACGCCUUCGUCCAAACCAAAUACGAACAUUCGUUUGAAAGACCUGAUAUCCAGUACUCUGUAGACUCCACCAACGUCGAUGAUUUCUUCACUGAUCCCAUUUUAACGGCUCAAACUAAAGUGACACCAUUACCCUACUAUAACGGUAUCAUGGUGAGGCCGAUUCUAAUGAACCCCGAGAGUAGAGGAGUGGUUAGAUUAAACGACACCGAUCCCAUUUUCGGCACGCCUCUGAUCCACCCUAACACUUUCUUCAAGGAAAUAGAUCUGCGUAGAAUAGUCGAAGGGAUCAAGCAGUGGUUGAAUAUGCUAAGUACCCACGCUAUGCAGAAGGUGGGGGCGGCUUUGGUUUCCACCCCUUUGCCGGCUUGCGCUCAUAUCAAAUUCGGUACCGACGAGUACUGGGCUUGUGUAGCGAUGUCUUACACGACCACCAUUUUCCAUCCGGUGGGUACAUGCAAAAUGGGCCCCCACGAAGACCCUCACGCGGUAGUAGAUCCGGAAUUAAAGGUGCACGGUAUCAAACAUCUCAGGGUGAUCGAUGGGUCGAUCAUGCCUAAAAUUGUGAGGGGCAAUACUAAUGCCCCGAUAAUUAUGAUCGGGGAGAAGGGUAGCGACAUGAUCAAGAAGACGUGGCUGAAGCACGCUCAUUACGAUUAUGCCCCCGAAGAGACAGGGGGUGAGUUUUACGACGCAGAGUUCUUCAAGUUUUAGCGGUGACAGUUUUACCAGUCCAGGUGUAAAUACUUUGUUUUCAAAGACGGCCAACCGCAGAGACAUCUAUCGGCUGACGUCAGGUUCUGCGGCGGUGCCAAAUUUUCGUUUAUUCCUUUAAAAUCCUUUCACCAUUAAUAUUUCGGUAGCGUUUGCGGAAAAUCGCAUUAAAUUUGGAAAAAUUAUAAAAUAAAAUUUAGUUUUAAGAAAUUUAUAUAAAUGGUACGUGGUAACUUGUCGAUUACCAGUGUAAGUUGGUGUUUCCGAAACAAUAAAUUUAACAUUUCCUUUAUUGGUUUGACGUGUUCGGUUAUUUUUUUUUAUUUAGUUUUUGUUUGGUGGUGUUUGAUGUCGCUCUAGUCAGCUCAGGUUUGUGAUGACGUGACAACAAUAUCCCAAAAAUCAAAUGUUUUUAAUUCCUUCCUCAUAAAUUAAGUAGAGAAUUUUUUUUAGGUACGCCAUAUUUCAGGAGCUAUUUAUUGUUAUUUUUUUCAACCCGGUUACGUAUUCAACUGUAGUACUCGCGUUAGACUUUAUUUAUACGAGCUGCCUGUUUUCUGUACGAAAUUAAUUAUUUCAUUAUUACUUAAUCUUUCCUUAAAACAUGUUCCAUAUAAAGUAACAAAUUUUUGUACAAUAUUUAAAAUAAAUGCUAUUAUUUUGUUACCCUAAA